CCGCCAUCAUGGCCGCCGCUCUACUUCCGGCUCCACGCUUCGCUUUCUGACGUCACUUCCGGUUUUGCUCCCCCACCCCCAAGAUGGCGCCCCUUCAAACACACGGGGGUGGCUUCUGCGCAUGCGCCGCCCCGCUCCAUAGCGACAGGGAGACACUUCCGGGUUUUUUAGCCCCGCCCCUUAGCAACGGGAGGAUCCUGAUUGGCUGCAGGGAGGGUGGGGGAAUCGGAAAGGGGCGUGGCCUGAAAGCUGAGCGCUGAUUGGGCGGAGCGGCGACAUCCGGGAAGAGAACGGGAGCGGCUGCGGAGGGAGACCCCACAAUGGCGGACGAAGCCCCCAUAGAUCGCCGGGAGGUGUCAGUGGGGCCGGGCCCCCCGAUGGGGGUCAAUAUGGGGGGGGGUCCCUUGGCCCUAUUAAAGGCCAGGGCGCUGGACGUCACCUUCGAGGUGGGGGAUGAAUACGAGAUCAUCGAGACCAUCGGGACCGGAGCUUAUGGGGUCGUCAGCUCCGCAAGGAGACGGGACACCGGGCAGGCUGUGGCCAUCAAGAAGAUCCCGGACGCGUUCGACGUGGUGACCAACGCCAAAAGGACCCUGAGGGAGCUGAAAAUCCUAAAACACUUCAAACACGACAACAUCAUCGGCAUCAAGGAUAUCCUAAAGCCUAUGGGGCCGGAGGGGGACUUCAAGGCUGUCUACGUGGUCCUGGACCUGAUGGAGUCGGACCUUCACCAGAUCAUCCACUCAUCCCAACCUUUAUCCCUGGAACACGUGCGUUAUUUCCUCUACCAGCUCUUACGGGGUCUGAAAUACAUCCACUCCGCCAACGUCCUCCAUCGGGAUUUAAAACCUUCCAACCUAUUGGUCAAUGAGAAUUGCGAGUUAAAGAUCGGAGACUUCGGCAUGGCCAGAGGUUUGGGUUUAGAUCCGCCCCAUAGCAAAGCUUUCCUCACCGAAUACGUGGCCACGCGAUGGUACCGAGCCCCCGAGCUCCUGUUAUCCCUCCAUCGUUACAGUAGGGCCAUCGAUAUGUGGUCUGUGGGUUGUAUCUUCGCCGAGAUGUUGGGGAGGAGGCAACUGUUCCCGGGUAGAAAUUACGUCCAUCAACUCCAACUCAUUAUGGCUGUUUUAGGGACUCCUCCACCCGCCGUCAUGGCCGCUAUCGGGGCCGAAAGGGUCCGGGCUUAUCUUCAAAGUCUUCCCCCUCGUCCUGCGGUUCCUUGGGAGAGUUUAUAUGGGGGGAUCGAAGCGGAAGCUUUGGGGUUGUUAGGGAGGAUGUUACGUUUCGACCCCAGGGAGAGAGUUGGGGUCGGGGAAGCUUUAAAACACCCGUUUUUGGCUAAAUAUCACGAUCCCGACGACGAACCCGAUUGCGUCCCGGCCUUCGACUUCGCCUUCGAACGAAGGGUGUUGACCAAGGAAGAGAUCAAGGCGGCCAUCUUGGCGGAGAUCGACGACUUCCAUCAGAGACGGGACGGGAUCCGCAGGCACAUCGCGUACGCGGGAGGACAGGCGGGAGAGAUGGGGGGCAGUGUUGGGGGCAAUGGGGGCAGUAUUGGGGGUAAUGGGGGUAAUAUGGCCAAUGUUGGGGGCAAUGGGGGUAAUAUGGGCACUACAGGGGGGAAUGGGGGCAAAAUUGGGGGCAAUGCGGCCAAUAUUGGGGUCAAUGUGGCCAAUAUGGGCAACGCUGGUACCAGUAUGGCCAACACUGGAACCAGUAUGGCCAAUAGGGCCAACACUGGUCCCAAUAUGGCCAAUAGGACCAACGUUGGGGCCAAUAUGGCCAAUAGGACCAAUAUUGGGGCCAAUAUGGCCAAUAGGACCAAUAUUGGGGCCAAUAUGGCCAAUAGCACCAAUAUUGGGGCCAAUAUGGCCAAUAAGGUCAACGUUGGAACCAAUAUGGCCAACGUUGGGUCCAAUAUGGCCAAUAGGGCCAAUAGGGCCAACACUGGUACCAAUAGGGCCAAUAUGGCCGACGUUGAUGCCAAUAUGGCCGACGCUGGAGCCAAUAUAACCAAUAUGGCCAACGUUGGUUCCAAUAUGGCCAAUAGGGCCAAUAUGGCCGACACUAAUAUCGAUAUGGCCAACGUUGAUGCCAAUAUGGCCGACGCCGAAUCCAAUAUGGCCGACAUCGGAUCCAAUAUGGCCGACAUUAGAACCAAUAUGGCCGACAUCGGAUCCAAUAUGGCCGCCAUUGGAUCCAAUAUGGCCGCCGCCAAAUCCAAUAUGGCCGCCGCCAAAUCCAAUAUGGCCGCCAUUGGAUUCAAUAUGGCCGACAUCGGAUCCAAUAUGGCCGCCGCCAAAUCCAAUAUGGCCGCCAUUGGAUCCAAUAUGGCCGCCGCCAAAUCCAACAUGGCCAACAAUCCCAAUAUGGCGGCCGCCGGAUCCAAUAUGGCCGCCGCCGGAUCCAAUAUGGCCGCCGCCGGAUCCAAGAUGGCGGCCCCCAUUCCUGACCCUUGGCCUUGUACUGACGUGGACAUGGCGAGUCCCGGCCCCACGGCGCCCCACGACUGCCCCAUGGAGUCACCGCGGGUCAAAGCGGAACCGGAAGCGACGGCCAUGAUGGUGGUGGGGGGGGCGGAACCGGAAACGACGACGAGGGCGGCCAUGAUGGUGGUGGCGGCGGAACCGGAAGCGAGGGCGGCGGCGGCCAUGAUGGUUGUGGCGACGGAACCGGAAGUGACGACGACGGCGGCCAUGAUGGUGGUACCGAAACGGGACGGCGCCAUCUCGGAUGACACCAAAGCGGCGCUGAAGGCCGCCAUCUUGANNNUCCGACUUCCGGUUCCUGCCCCAGACGCUCCAUGCGCGGCUCCACCGGAAGUACCGGAAAACCGGAAGUCGGUAACGGCGGCGGAACGACAACGGGAACGGGAAGAAAAACGGCGACGCCGACAGGAACGAGCCAAAGAACGAGAGAGGAAACAACGCGAGAAAGAGCUACGAGACCGGAACUUCCGGGAGAGGAACUUCCGGGAUCGGGACCGGAACUUCCGGGAUUCACAGUUUAACCGGGACCUUCAACGGCUCCGGGGCUUCGUGCUCAGCGACGACGACCGGAACCUGCUGGAACGGUGGACAAAGAUGAGGGACGGGGCCAACACGCAGACGGCGGCCCAUAAUAAUACACAGACAGCCCAUAAUAACCUACAGACAGCCCAUAAUAUACAGACAGCCCAUAAUAACCUACAGGCCUCCCUUAGCAACGUACAGGCCUCACAUAGCAACCAGCAGCCAGCCCAUAAUAUACAGCCACCCCAUAGCGGCCUACAGGCCUCACAUAGCGGCCUACAGGCCUCACAAAGCCUACAGGCCUCCCUUAGCAACGUACAGGCCUCCCAUAGCAACCAGCAGCCAUGGGGUUCUGGGGUCUCUAUGGGGUCUCUAUGGGGUUAUGGGGUCUCUAUGGGGCUAUGGGGUCUCUAUGGGUCUGUGUGUUUCCCCCAUAAGGUGGAGGACGUGCUGCCCCCCGUGUUCCCGGUGACCCCUAAGGGCAGUGGGGCCGGUUAUGGGGUGGGUUAUGGGGCCGGUUACGGGGUCGGCUUCGACCUGGACGAGUUUCUCAGUCACUCGUUGGAUAUGGACGGGGACACCAGGGACAGCCAGGGGGACUCGGCCCCAUUAUCCGCGUCCCUAUUGGCCGACUGGUUGGAGGUGCAUCGACUCAGCCCCGCAGCCUUCGAGACCCUACAACGAGACCUACAGCUGGGAUCCCCCAUGGCGCUGGGCGACGACAUCCCCGACCCAUAAGUGUGGGGCUGGACCCAUAAGUGUGGGGCUGGACCCAUAAGUGUGGGGCUGGACCCAUAAGUGUGGGGUGGGACCCAUAAGUGUGGGGCAGACCCCUUCCCAUUAAAGCCUUUUGUAUGGGAUACAUCUA